AUGGCUUUCUCCUCCUUGGCAGAUGAAUUAGCAGGUGCAUUCGAAAAUGAUCCAUCUCUCGAUAAAGGAGAAGGAUUGGGUCUGGGCCAGUCGCUUGCAGAUGAAUUUGGAUUAGAUUAUGAACUCCACCAAGGACAUGAUCAUGGGAUGGAAGAACAAGGAGAAAUAGAUAGAUUGGAGGAUGAAUUACAACAUCCCUCGACCCCUCCGAGCAGGAAUGAUAAUUUACCAAAACCUACUACACCUCCCAAGGUUGAUGGUCGAUGGAGGACAGUCAAAUCAACACACGAACCUACCAACCUUGAUGAAUUCUUCUCGCCAAACAGGGGGAUAGACCUGGAUCGUGAUCUAGAACUGGAAUUGGAGUAUGGACAAGGGCAUUCAUUCUCACCUCAACCUCAUUUUCAAGAUGAAGACUCCUACAACUACCAGUACGAGCAAGAUCAACUUGAUCAUCUACCUACUACCGCCAGCCCAGUGAGAGUAAGAGGUAUACAGAACAAGUCAUCUACCAGGUCCUUGCGAGUCAAUCCCAAAUCGUCCGUUAAAUCCUUACGUCUCUUGAAUGGAAAUGAAAAAGAAGAAGGGAUUCAAGAAGCUUUGAUCAUCUUGUCAGAGGGUAUAUCAGCCAAUUCCAGAUUGUUAAACUCCUUGCGGCAGAUAAAUCACCAUCAUCAAGAAGGAGAAGAGGAGAUAGAAAUUAGGUUGCAGAGACAUCUGAAUAGGAUGAAUGAAGUUGAGCGGUUUAGGGAUGAGUGGAUUAGGGAUCUGGGAAUUUGGUCGAGAGAAGUUGGAUUAGGUGGGUUGGAAGGCAACGGAAGAUUGGGUGAUGCACAUGAUAAGUUGAUUGAUGUGAAUGAGGAGGAUGAGGAGGAAGAGGAAGGAGAAAGUUUAGGAUGGACAGGUGAAUCGAUUAUUGAUGAUGUUAAUCACUUAUCUGAAGGCCAGGAAAUAUCGAAGAAUCCUCAAAUUGCUUUAUCUCACGAAGAAGAUCAUCUCAAUGCACAAGAUAACACCCUCCUCGACGAAGACGAGCAUGACUCAUUCCCCACAUAUCCAUCUGAUCGAUCGCUAAUGUCACCCAUCACUCCAUCUAAUCAAUCGAAAUACCACCAGACACAGCCACAGAAUUUACCCAAAUUGAUAAUGGCUAUACAAAAAGAUACCGACAUACUUUUACUUUCCCUGAGGAAUCUGCAAGAUACGAUGCAUACCACCACGUCGUUCCAUACGUCCCUAACGAGGAUGAUGAGAGGUAUAAGAUCUUCUAUUGAUUCGUAUCGCGAGCGGGAACAUGUGGAAGAACAAGCUAGAAGGAAAAUAGAGGAAUGGGAAGCAGAAAGAUUGAAGAUUGGUUUGACUAGGAAUAAUCCUGGAGGAAGGGAAGGAGGAUGGACUACCAGGGAGAAGUUGGCUAAGGAAUGUAGAGAGUUUGAAGAUGUGUUGGAGAGGUAUGGGGAUAGGUUGAAGGGGUUGAAAGACGACGGUACGAGAAGGGUGGGUGUAGCUGCAUAG